GAUAUUAUACGAAUAUUAUAUACUCAUACUGAAAGUACUGUAGUCGUACGUACCAUUCCUAACAUUCUGAGUAUAUUCGUAUAACAUCUUGAUCAGUAUAUCAUUUUUCAUAUGUUCUUAAGUUCAUACUCAGAAUGUACGAACAAACUACGAUGCUUAUACUGAUUAUCCGUAUACUGUGAUUAUCCGUAAUAUAUGAGAACAUAAAUAAGAACCUUGCGGUUAUCUCAUGUAUAAAAAUUUACAUCGAUCGCGCACUGAUUCACACCCAAAGCACUAUCAUUACCUUAUUCUCCCUUGUAACAUUAGUCUUGUAAACAUUAGUCCGAGCGUAAAACUGUCAACGUAUAUUCUGCAGAACAUACUCAGUUUAAGCGCUAUCUACGGCAGUGUCGGCGGUCCCCACAGUGUCCCCACCUGUUUUGUCUUUCCGACGAGUUUAUGUUCGCGCUGGGUUACACGUACGAUUUCGCAAGAGAUUCUUUAUCCAAGGAAGCAGCCGAAGAACUGCCGAGGUCUUAAAUUAGUUUUGUAUCUGGAUGAUAUAAAAUUGGAUAAAAAUAUUAAGGAAAUAUUUGAUUUAUUCAGCGUAAUUUUCCUCCGAUUUAACGUAAUCUUCUGUAUCUCAAGAAUGACUGACAAGACAUAUUACGCGGUCGUAGAGUUUGAGGAUGGACUUCAAGUUGUCCCUAAUAAUUGGUUGAGUAUAGAUCUGCAAAGUGCCGUUUGGCCAAAUUUUACCAAUAAUAAGAUGUAUGACAAAGCGGUGAAAUUAAUGAAGGAUCCGGAACCAACCUGGACGAGGCAUCUGAUUAAAAAAAUAUAUGGAACAUAUUUUCAGUAUGCAGUAGCGAUGAAAAAAUUGAAGGAUGCAGAGGAAACAUCCGAUUUAAAUUCCGGCACUGAGAGAGAGGAGUACAGGAAGAAGUCAAGAAAACUCCGAGCUGCAAAAGUAGCAGACUCAUCAAGUAGCAACGAUGAUCAGUCAGAUGCAAGUUUUCUUUCUGAUAUUCCAACAAUUCCGACGACCGCAACACAUGUGCCGAAAAAAAUUAAAAUAGCAAGUUCUACAUCAGCUCAGCAAAAUUCUGCACCUAAGUGCUUGGGAAAAAUUAAGAAACAAGAUGAUUGCUCAUUACAAAAGCAUACAAAUGUGAAAGUCUUUGAUGGCUAUUUAGAUUGUAUGACAGCUGUGAUUGACUGCAAUUCUAAUUUAGAUCAACAUGAUACAAAUUUAUACCAUGAUUUUUCUAACGUUGGUAACAACGAUAAUAUUGAAACGUCGAACAAUGACUGGAUUGAUAAUGAAAGUUUACAUUCUAGAUUUCAACCCAACUUUAAUGAGAAUAAUACAGAUAUUACGAAUAGUCAACGUGAGUCUAUUGUAAACAAGACAUAUACAAAAGUAUCACAGUCGUAUGAUGAACAGAAAAAUUUUCAACGUUUUGUUGUGGGAAAAAUAAUAAAUUUGGAAAUAGCAAUGAAUGACGUAAAACGAAAUGUAAAGCUCAUUUUAGAAAAAUUGUCACUUGAUGUCACUAAAGAAAAAGAAAAUAUUGAUACUUUAAAAGAUUUUCCAUUGAAAGAGCAAAAGGACUUGGAUACUGUAGAAUUGAAACUACAAAAUAAUUCAGAUUAUCGAGACGAAAUGAUUAAACAAUUGGCACGUGUAAGAAGUGGAUGUAUGCGAACUUCAUGUAUACGACUAAUGAGAUUAAUAUUUUCAAAUGAAAUUGCUAUAAAAUAUAGUUGGGUAGGAGCAAAGAAAAAACUUAAUUUUUCGACGUUGAAUUUGUGUAAAGUUAUUAUUAAUGUUAUACGAAAGUCGCAUGCUGAUGCAACAGAUGAUGAAAUUUCAGCACCAAUUAAAAUUUGGUUAGCCCAUGCAAAAGAACGUAUGGGAAGACAAAACCACAAUAAUCAUGAGCACCAAGAUGAAAACCAAGAUUAAUAUAUAAUUGAUCAAUACUGUAAAAAUCAAAUAAUGCUAUUCCUUUGUGAAUCACUACGCGAACGUGAAUGACUCGUUAAGGCAGUCAUGGAAGCGGCAGAAACCCGUGCGGAACUACUCGUCUUACACGGACUUCGAACUGGAAAGCAGUGCAGUAGUCAGUCUAAACAGCGAUCAGAUCAUCAUGAAUAACAUAGCCAGAUCGAGAGCGCCGCUGUUAGGUUUCUCGUCAUUCGUAUAAUUAAACGAAUUAUCAAUCUCUCUCCGAGAUCAGAGAAACCUUUUUUAUUCGUAUAUUAAUAUCAAAAUUAUCACAGUUGCUUCGUUUUAAGUGAAGUUUUUUUAUACAUAUAUAGAGCGAAAGACUUACGUCAAGAACACGUGUUUUGUACGUGCCGACGGCAUAGACUUAUGACAAACUAGGAAGCUUGAGGCAUUUUUGUAUUGUGAUAUAUUGUGAUAUAUAUAUAUAUAUAUUAUUUAUAAUUUUCGAUUAGACAGUGAUAUUAGACAUUUAAUAGACUUUUGUACUUUCUCAGAUUAGUUUAAGAAUUAAACAGCUAGUAUACGGAUCUCGUACGAACGUUUUGCAAAUUUCGUGCCUGUGGAACAGAGAUAGAUUUAUUGCAUUCGCGUUUUGUGAUAUACAGUAAAAGCUUCAUAUUCCUGAGACUUACAUUUUUACUGAAUUGUUAAAUUUUACAAAUGUAAAAUAAUUUACAUAAACAAUUUUUCACACGCAUACACAUCUGUAUGUAUGUAUUUUUUAAUUUGAUUUAAUUUAAAAUAAGAAUUACUUUUCAAAAAAAUGUUAUUUUUUUAUUUUCAUUGUUAUAAGCAGAUUAAUUUUAAACCUGCAAAUAACAAAUACGCGCAAAUAUGGAGCUUCUAUUGUACGUAGAUAUAUCAUAGCUACUGAGAUACAGUAUUUAUGUCUUCUUAAACAUUAUCGUUUUAUUAAUGGAUCUUUAAAGUCAAAAAUCGGAGUUACGGCGAUUGCAUAUAUCAAAUUUUUUUGUUAACUAUGCGGAUAACAGAACUUGAUUAAAAAUUGAGGAAAGAUAGGAUAAAAAGAAGCCUAAUCUAGUUAUAAAGUAAGACUAUUACCGAUUUGUAUUUCAUAAGAUUCCAUUUUACGCUCGCGCACUAUAAGUAUUUAGAUAUAAUUUUAUUACUUAAAAGAACAAGUUUUGGUUGGUUGGUUGGUUGUUUGUAAUGUUGUUGAUUGUACGUAAUAUUUUGUAAUAUGAUUGGUUGCAAUAUUGUUUUGUUUUGUAGAAAAUGAAAUAAUAAAUUUAUUUCGAAGUUGCAUAAAAAAAA